AUGCUGGGUGGCUCCUCUCACCCUUACUAUCCCCUCGGGGCCGACAUUGUCGGCUAUUCGCCCAACCAAACCCCUGUUCUGGAGCUAUUGGUGGCUAUGGGUGGAGGAUGUACAGUUCUUCUCGGAUUGACCUUUGCAAUGGCCAGUUUCGUGCGACCAACUCUUCGCAUGGCGGAUAGAAUUGCCAUCUUGUGGUUUGUGCUCUCUGGGACUCUGCAUUGUUUCUUUGAAGGGUAUUUCGUGCUGCAUCAUGACCAUAUGGCCUCAGCCCAGGAUUUAUUUGGGCAGUUAUGGAAGGAAUACGCACUGUCGGAUUCCCGCUACAUGACCUCAGACACACUGGUGUUAUGUAUGGAGACCAUUACCGUGCUCCUGUGGGGGCCCCUCUGCUUCGUUGUUGCAUAUCUGACCGCAACCCGGCACUCAUUGCGCCACCCGCUACAAAUAGUUGUGUGCAUGAGCCACCUUUAUGGCGAUACAUUAUAUUAUGCUACAAGUCUGUUCGAUCACUACGUUCACGAUCGACCGUAUAGUCGACCGGAAGGUUAUUAUUUCUGGGUGUAUUAUUUCUUGAUGAAUUUCAUCUGGAUCAGAGAGAGAGAGAGAGAGAGAGAGAGAGAGAGAGAGAGAGAGAGAGAGAGGAAAGGCAGGAAAGUUGCUGACUUGAAAAUAGAUUAUCUCGUUAACAGUAUGCGGACCCUCUCGACCGCCAUGAAGAGACAGCAGGGGUCAGCCGAGAGAAAAAAAGCCCAGUAA